AUGGGUGUUCUGGUUUCGCUCCUGGCGAAGUGGGACGACUUUCCCGACUACAACAACGACUCUGACAGCCCUGACGAUGAGGAUGAGGACGAGCCCGUCCGCAGGGCGGCGUUUGCUGUCUUUCUGCGCGAGCUCUGGCGGCAGACGGGAUACUUCAUGCGCCUGAUCUUCGAGCUGUACUACCAGUCCUUGCUCCCUUCUUUCCCUCCUUCCUACUCCACGAUCAUGAGGUCGGCGCGCUCUCUUUACCGUUACUUGCGUAGGCAGCGUAAGAGGGAGUACAAGGUCAACAUCGCCAAGAGGAAGAAGGCGCGCCGCCGCCGAAUGAAGGCGCCUUACUUCACCGGGGGCUGGUAUCCGAUUCCUCGCGUUCCCGAGAAGGUCUGGGAGCGCUCUAGGCGCGGGAGCAGGGCCUACUACACAGACAAGAACGAGCCCAAUGACGAGUGGGAGGACGACGCCAAGGGCGGCCAGGAGAACAUCGUGCGUGAUGACCCCCCGCCCUACAGUGCGAUCGACGCAAACAAGAGCGUGUCCGGCAGCGAGACCGAACGCGCGGAGGGCGGUCGUACUUCCUCCCGCCGUCCCUUCGUCCGUGAGCUUCCGCCUCACAUGACCAUUGUUCGCCGCCGCGGCAAUGCUAUGUCCUCUGGCGUCGCCUACCCUCGUCCCCAGCACUACCGCGACAUCCUUCGCUUCUCGCCUGGUGCCGGGAACGAUCGCCGCAACUACUUCGACCGUCGCGCCGAUGACGACAGUGGCGGCCAGCGCUCCACUCAGACCAACCGUGGCCACGGCCACCAGAACCGCGCGGCGAACGUUGGAUAUGGCCACGGACUCGGUGGACACGGCGACAACGACAUCACCAACGGAGGCAGCAUGUACGGGGACUUCUAUGACACUCCCGAUGUGACUUUGAUCCGUGGUCUCCUCGGCCUUGGCAGUGCUCGUAUCAACGGCCCGGGUGCCAGCGUCAACGACUGCAACAACGUUGAUGGCCGCCCCACUCCCAACGACCGCGUCACUGCCCGCGGUGACGACAUGUUUUGCAACGGCUCCGUUGCGGACACCGACACCGCCGAGGCUCUGGGUGGUCCUCUGCUCGAGGCAGCCAUCCAGGAGCUCAAGGAUGAAGGUCCCCACACCGGCGGCGAUGACCCCGCCGUUUGCCCCUCUCCGUCCGACACGGACCUGUUCCAGUGGUCCAAGUCGCCCACUGAGACCCCCAAGACUGACCCGCGCCCCAUCAAGAAGCCCAUCAAGUCUGGCCGAGACUUUGGCCCCGCGCAGCGUGUCUCCGGCGGCAGGGCGAGGCACCUCAAGCCCAAGAUCGAUGAGAAGCGCGUCAAGGCCUUGGGCGACUGGUACGACCAGUGGAUGGAGGGUCGCGCGGCGCGCAAGAAGCAGCUCGUGGACGACGCGGACUGCGGCAAGGUGGACAAGAAGCCCAACGGCGACCUGAACAAGGAGACCGACGUUAUCCCGGCCCUGCCCACGGAGGUCAUGCAGGUCGUCGUCCGCUUCGCGGACUACGCGAGCGUGCUCGCCCUGCGGGCCUCGAACUCGGCCCUGCGCGACCUGAUCGACAAGGAGCUCCGCGGCACCGAUCUCCUCGUCACGCGCUCGUACUCGGACAAUCCGUACGUUGCGCGCCUCCUCGUCCCCGGCCACCCGGAGUGGGGCGCGACGCCCUUCCUGUCCCCCUACACCUCGCCCGCGCAGCAGCGUUCCGCCUUGAGCCGCGUGAAGCGCGUCGAGAUCAAGAAACUCCCUCCCUCCGGCGAACUCAACACGCUGCUGGGAUACCUCCCCCCCACCGCUCUGGUCAAGGUGCACCACGCCGAGCUGAGGCUGGGAUGCGGCGGCCCCGCGUGGGUGCCGUUCCACUGUCUCCCGACCGUGUCUCUGAUCUCGGUGCUGUACGACCCGCACUGCGCGUGCACCGACGGCGCGCACUUCCGCGCGGGCGUGUCGUGGCUGCACACGUCCGUGCUCGCGAUCACGCUGAGCAGGUGGGCGUUCGACGCGCGCACCUGCCGCAUGGUGAGCGACCUGGCGCAGUCGAGCCACGACGUGCUCGAGAUCAGGCUCGACAUGGAGAAGGAGAUGGCGGAGCAGAACGAGUUCCGCAAGGGCGUCAAGACGCAUGAGGGGUGGGGCAGGGAGAAGCACAUCAAGGUCCUCAUGGGCGUCGGCAUGUGGUGGGCCGUCGCGGAGGUGCGGGCUUGGGUAGCGAGCGUCCUCAAGGUCAAGGUCGAGAGGGUACACGCUGAGAAUGAGGAUGCGGGGAGGAGGAGCUGGAGCACGCCUGGCGUUGGCGUUGGCGCGAUGUAG